AUGUGCGUGGAAGAGCCAGAGCAGCCGCCUGGAGGCCACCAACCGGCUCUCACACCUGAUUCCGAUCAGAGCGACGCAGACUCUGCUUUUGGCGGCCCUAUCGAAGGCUCAUGGUCAGCCUCUCUGGCCAGCUCAGUUUUGAACUACAAGUACGAAAAUGGCCGAAGAUACCAUGCGUACCGUGAAGGCCAGUAUAUCCUGCCGAAUGAUGAGGAUGAGCAGGCUCGACUCGAUAUGCUUCACCACAUCUACAAAAUGAUCAUUGGAGGCGCUUUAUAUCGGGCUCCCCUUCUUCAGCCGCAGCGAGUGCUCGACUUGGGAUGUGGCACUGGUAUAUAUUGUAUCGAGUUUGGCGACGACCACCCCGAAUCAAUUGUCAUUGGCGUCGACCUUAGCCCUAUCCAGCCGGAGUUUGUCCCUCCAAACGUCAAAUUUUACGUCGACGAUAUCGAGAGCGAAUGGGCAUAUCCGCGUUCGGAGCACUUCGAUUUUAUCCACGGACGAGCAUUGUGUGGGAGUAUCGCUGACUGGCCAAACUUAUUCAAACAGGCGCUUGAGAACCUAAAGCCAGGUGGGUGGAUGGAGAUGCAGGAGUACCAGUGUCAUGUCUGGUCCGAUGAUGGCACAGUGGAUGAAGCAAUCUACCUGAAAGACUGGGUCGAGCAAAUGAACGAAGCUAGCAAGAGAUUCGGAAAGGAGUUAAAGACGGCUGAUGCCUUGAAGCGGACCAUGCAGGACGUCGGCUUUGUGGACGUACAUGAAGAGAUAUACAAGGUACCGAUUGGCCCGUGGGCAAAAGACAAGAAGUUAAAAGAACUCGGGACAUUUUAUCGAGCUCAGUUUAUCGACGCGGUUGAGCCGUUUACCUUAGCUUUGUUCACCCGAGUGCUUGGUUAUUCCAAUGAUGAGGCGAUGAUUCACAUUGCAAGGGUCAAAAAGGAUUUGGUCAAUCCGAGGUUACACAUGUACGUGCACUUCCACUUUGUGUGGGGACGAAAAGCAUCCGAACAACCAGCCAGCGAGGGCUAG